UACAGUGUUUACAAGUGUUGUUGUUAUCCUAUGUUUUGGUUGACUAUAAAUAUACAGAUUUUCAAUAUAAUGUCACAUAAAUUAUAGACAAUUUAUUUGAUUAAAUCAUUUACCUAUUCAAUUGAUUUUAUAUAAAUUUAUGUCAACUACUAGUGCUUUAAGUGUCUAAUCAAAUGGUUUGACCAAUAGUACAGUCAAGUGAUUAAAACAACUGAUUAUUUUUGAAACUAAAGUGUAUUAUAUGUUAUAUAACAUCACAGCUAUAGCUGUACACAGAGUAUACAUAUAGUUGUAAACUAUAUAAAGGAUAUGACAUUUCACUGAUAAGACAGUAGUUGUGUUGUCAAUAUUGAAACAGUGGAUCAGAUAACCAAUUGAUGAGUUGAUGACUAUAAUAGUGACCAUUUGGAGAUAGUAAUAGUCUUAUGUGUUUGUGUGGGUAGUGUUGGCCAACCAAUAGCGCCGACGGUAACAAUGAUUGGGUCAACGAUAGCGUCGUCGACUCCGACGAUAUUCUGUGGUCGCAAACGAAGGCCGAGUACUUCAGAGGACGAUGUGAUGGACGACUGUAUGGCAGCGAUGGUUCUGAUGAGCCUAUCGUGUAGUCCUAAAUCACAACGACUUCCUGAAUUAAUAAUCUACAAGUGCACUUGGCCCGGGUGUCUAUACCAGAGCGAACACUGCCAACAAAUCGAAAAACAUGUCCGCACACAACAUCUCGGUCGAACUGAUCUCAAGGAUGGCGAGAGUAGUGAUCACGAAGAAGAGUUUUAUUAUACAGAGAUUGAAAUGGAUGACAAUUCAAUGCACAGUUCAUCGUCCAAUUCAUCAUUAUCUCAUUCACUGCCGCAGUCGCCCUCCGUGUCCACCGAUACGAGUGCCACAAACGGCAGUCAAAGUCCUCAACCAUCGCCACAAACGCACAUUUUCUUUGGCCAGUCGUGUUCAGCGCCCACAUUCAGUCACCUUCAGGAUCAUGAAUAUGAGAGGCGCCGACAAAACUCACACUUUGACUAUAAACUCAUUCAAUUCAAUAACGAUGUCAACGACUUGAAUGGUUUUAGCAUAAAUCUCAAGAAGAAUGGAUUCACAAAAUUAAAUAACGCUAACAAUAAUAAUAAUAAUUUGAAUAAUAACGGCAAUCACGGGACACGAAGCAAACACAAGUCAUUGCUGUCCACUCCGAUUAACAUUCCGGGUGUGUCACCGCUGUCCGCAUACCGAUCCCAUCAAUAUGCAACCAGUGCUCCGCCGGUUCCCAUUCACUCGCCGCGUGUUAAUCACAAAUACAUGCGACUACACAGCAAUAAUAAUCGUGUCUCCGGUUCGGGAACUGAUCUAACUAUUGGCACAACAAUACUCCAGUCGUCACCCAAUAAAAACUCACCGUCAAAGAGAGGCAGAGGAGAGAGCAGAAAGUGUAGGAAAGUCUACGGUAUGGACAACAGAGACUCGUGGUGUACACAAUGCAAAUGGAAAAAGGCCUGCACCCGGUUUACCGAUUAAAUAGCACCGGUAUUUUCAAUCAAUUCAAUACAAAGUACACUCACAAUAGAGCUAUAAUUUUUAUGUGUGAGUUAAUAUAGUUUUGUCAUUCAAUAUAAAAGAUACUACAAUACAAUCUGAUCCGGAUAUAAAAGAAUCGCCAAAUUGUGUCUCCUUUUAUUUUAGCAUAUAUAUAGAGUCCCACCCAUUCAAUACAAUAUACAUAAAAAUACCGGUACAUAAUUAUGGUCUAUUGCUGGACCAUUACAUCUAUAGUGAUAUUUUUAAAUUAUAUUCAUCACAUAAUGCUAUAUGUGGUCAAAGGGACAGAAAAACGUUCAAAAGCUGACAUAUUUAGCGGCAAAAUAUGUUUCACACAUUUCACCGAAUGUACAUUUCUUUCAUUAUUAUUAUAUAUUGUAUAUAUCUAUCUAUUAUAUAUCUAUUAUAUGUUGUAACUGAAAAUUGACAUAAAUUAUAAUUAAUUUAGAUUAUGAAGUACUGAAUGUUUUGUGUUGUUAUAUCAAUGUUCAGUCUUAUAUGUUGUACGAACUCAAUGAGCCAAACAUUUCUCAUAAUUUUAUAGAUUUGUUUCUCAUAACUACAGUAUCUCUUUUCUGUCUCUCCUUUCAUCUCUCUCUCUCUCUCUCUCUCUCUCUCUCUCUCUCUCUCUCUCUCUCUUUCAUUUCACUCACUAACUCAUUACUCAACAAAUACUUCCUGUGUGUCGUUACUUUUUGGUCGAUCCUAUACUUCGGGCACAAUAUUUUUGAUGACUUUCAUUAAUGAGCUUAUCUAAUACUGACAUAAAAUCUACAUUAUAAUUGUGGCUAAAAUUAGUGUAUUUGCAUUUUAAGAUAUUGUAUAAAUAAAUUAUUUUUUAAAAUUAAAAAUCAUCAUAAUUGUGAUGAAUCUUUUAUAUCCGGGUCCGACAGUAUUAUUGUUACAUAUUGUAUAAAUUAUAUAAUAUUUG